CCCAGAGAGACAGGAGCAGAUUUUUUUUUUCUCCUUUUUUACAUUAAAUGAGUUAACAUGCAAAUAUCAUGCUCUUUGGCUCUGCUUCUGUGGAUCCAGAGCAAAGGACUAUCUCACGCAGGGAGAAAGCCCAGAUCCAACAAGCUGCUGGGUCCAGCUCUGCUCCUCCCUGCUCAGCUAGGGCACUUGCUCUUCCCUAUUCUCACCAGAGAGGCACAAGCGCUCCCUCCCUUCCAGCGGCAGGCGAAGGGAAGAGAAAGGGUCUGUUGUUUUUCUCUCCUUGUUUCUCUCUCCCUCUCUGCUGAUUACCAAGCUGCUGACCGGAUCAGAAAGCUCUGAUGGAAAUCCUCCAGUGCUGGGCAAACCCCUCCUCCUCCAGAGAGCUUGUCUUUGACUAAUUUUUCUUUCUCCCAGUGGGAAAAAGAGAGAGAGAGAGAAAGAGGGAAAAAGAGAGAGAGAGAGAAAGAGGAAAAAAGAAAACCCACAAACUUCCUUUAAAAACCAGUUUGUAGUUAGGGCCUGGAGUGCGCACGCCGAGACUCAGCCUCUCAAGAAUCCUGAAGCCACUCAGAGCCACCACCGGGAGCACCUGGGCUGCGCCCCUGCUUGCCCUCACCCCACUGCGGUGCCCCAGUCCUGGGCGUGAGUCCGGAAGUAGCCACAACCCAGCCAGGACGGCCAGCCACGCUCGUAAAGCUGUGUCAACCUGUAUAAGCUCUGGACAGCCGGCCUGGUGGUGCCCCUCGCUGAUCCCACCUCCCCCAUCAGACUGCCAGAGCUGAACCCUCCUGCUCCGUCCUGGAACUGCACCCACUUCUUUAAGGGAAGCUGGCUCCACUUAAUGUGUUCAGUCCCUCCAGAACUAUCAUUCUCAAGCCUAGAAGCCCAAGCCACCGUUGGUUCCAUCUGGUCACAAGUUAAAAGUGGAAAGAUCUCAGUCUGAGUCCUGUUUAUGCAAGCUGAGAAAGGCAUGUACUACUUGUAGCCAGGAGUGCCUGUGCAGAUACACAGCCAGCCUUCCAUACAGCAUUCAUUUUCUAAGACUUCUCUGGGUGGCUUUGCUUUCUGGCUCAACGAUCUUCUUCUUACUGGACAGGUCUAUGUUUUGCAUACCAAGACUGACAUAGGCAAGCCCUUGAGGUUAGGAAACAUCCCCAGCUUCCCUCAGUUGACUCCCUUCCCAUCAUGGAGCACCCUCAGCCUGAACAUCCGUCCUCGGGUAAGGCCAGGAAUGCAGAAACAGACACCUCUGAAAACCAGGAGGUCCUAUCAGGACCAGAUGAGUACCCUCAGGACCAAGACACCAGAGAUGCUGAUGAGGAAGCUGCAAAACAAGAGCCAGGAGACCAAGCUUUGUUACCAACCCAGAGUGGGGAGAACCUUGAGUCCCCUCCUCCUGAAACUGACUCAAGUCAACCUGGGCCAUCCUGUAGCAUGUCACCUGAGGCAGAGACACUAGGAGCAUGCUCCAGGCCCCAGGAGCUUCCCCAGUCCCCGAGGACCCAACAGACUGAGCCAGAUUUCUACUGUGUAAAAUGGAUCCCCUGGAAGGGAGAACGGACACCCAUCAUCACCCAGAGCACUAAUGGUCCUUGCCCUCUCCUUGCCAUCAUGAAUAUCCUCUUCCUUCAGUGGAAGGUGAAGCUGUCUCCCCAGAAGGAAGUGAUCACAUCAGAUGAGCUCUUGACCCACCUUGGAAACUGCCUCUUGUCCAUCCAACCUCAAGGAAAAUCAGAGGGACUUCAGCUUAAUUUUCAGCAGAAUGUGGACGAUGCAAUGACAGUGCUGCCAAAGCUGGCCACCGGUCUUGAUGUCAAUGUGCGAUUCACAGGAGUCUCUGACUUUGAGUAUACACCCGAAUGCAGUGUCUUUGACCUACUAGGCAUACCUCUGUACCAUGGCUGGCUUGUUGAUCCACAGAGUCCCGAGGCUGUGAGCGCAGUUGGGAAACUGAGUUACAACCAGCUAGUAGAGAAGAUCAUCACCUGCAAACACUCCAGUGACCCCAACCUCGUGACAGAAGGCUUGAUCGCAGAGCAGUUCCUGGAGACCACUGCAGCACAGCUGACCUACCAUGGCCUGUGUGAGCUUACAGCGGCUGCCAAGGAGGGUGAACUUAGUGUCUUUUUCCGCAACAACCACUUUAGCACUAUGACUAAGCACAAGGCUAACACUGUGCAGUUCCAGCCAGCACAUCAGUUAAUUCAAGUGGUCUGUGCAUCUCAGGAGGAGCAAGUGGUAUGGGAGAGCCUGCACAACGUGGACGGAGACAGCUGCUUCUGUGACUCUGACUUCCACCUAAGUCAUUCCCUCGGCAAGGGCCCUGAAGCACAAGGUGGGGGUAGCUCCCCAGAGAAGCAGCUGCAGGUAGACCAGGAUUACCUGAUGGCCUUGUCCUUGCAACAGCAGCAGCAGCCACAAGGAAUGCUGGGCCUUAGUGACCUGGAGCUGGCCCAGCAACUUCAGCAAGAGGAGUAUCAACAGCAGCAACCAGUCCAGCCUGCGCAGAUGCGGGCCCUGUCACCCCAGGGGAGAGGAGCCACGUCAGGACGCCCAGCCGGGGAGCGCCGACAGAGGCCGAAGCAGGAGUCGGACUGCACUCUGCUAUAGCUCUGCCCGCUGCUCCCCCAUCUCAACCCCUGAGAUACAUGGGGUAGCUUAUUUAUGGACUGUUGGGGGUCAGAGCAGGCAGUAGUAAAUACCAAGGUCAAACUCGGUAAUGUCCCUGCCUCAUGUGCUGCUGCCUCUCUUCCUCCCAGGGCAACACUGGGAUGGGCAGGGUGAAGAUGUCUGAUUCCUAACUCCCUUUCAUGAACACACAGACUCAGGCUACAGGGUGAGGGCCUAUCUGGGCUGCACCUCUCUCCCUCCUCCCUACCCUGCAGGCCUGUCUCCUUUUGCUUCAGGGUUUGAUUUGGGUUUCUAUGUCUGUUAUUUGUAAUGCCUUCCUAGAGGUUUGGAAAUAAAAUUCUUUCCUGA